CGAACUGGUCAGGAAUCAGGCUGGACGUUGAUCCUCCAUGGUGCAUUCCGAGUGCAAGAGUUGAAUUUACUUGAAGCUCGCCUUCAUAAAAGGUAUUUUAUAGUUUUGUUUUCAUAGAAAUAACUGUUGGAAGAAUUGCUGAGUGCUAUUACAGGCAGUUAGUGACAAUUUUCUAUUCUAUCUCAUCAGUCGAGAAAGGAAACAAUAGCGGUAGCUUGUCGGACGAUUAUGGGUCAAGUGUUGUGAGAAGUGAACAUGUUCUAGAAUGAGUGUUCCUGAUGCACUUGUUACAUUAUUGGAAUAUAAUAUUACAGUCUACUAUAAAUUCUUCAGAACGGUGACGAUAAGAGUUUGAUUUACAACAGGGAAGCCCUGUAUAUGUAUAUGUUGAAGCUGGUACGAUAAUUUAAUUAAGAGGUUUGUCGAUCUCUCAGCUCAACUCAACUUUGCACACAAACUUUUAUCAACAGCCAGUGAAAGCACUGUGUGAAAAUGCCCGUCUCAGAAAAAAUUGGAAGAAGGAAUUGCAUUCCAAUCCUGCAUUGUCGAGGCACCUACUAUGAAGUUGGAUUUGAUGUGGGUCGUACGUUCAGCGGCCUCAUCAAGUCCUACUUGGAGGCAUCCAAUCAGCUGAAUAAGGUCUACCUACCACUAUACGAAACACAAGAGGGGCGAUCUGUCUAUGAGUCGACCUUGGCAUCAGUCAAGGAGAACUUUCCUCAAUAUGUGAGAGAGAUCGAAGGAACAGCCGAUGGAGCUAAAGUUCCAUUUCAUAAGUUAUUCCUGCUACACAUGGAUGAAAUCCUACCCAAUGUUUUGCAGAAGAAAGUUUCAGAGAACACAAAUGGCUGCUCUACAAUGUGCUGCAAUCAACCAGGACAGGAACUCCUGGGACACACAGAGGAUGCACUGUCAGAAGUUUUGAAUCACAUCUACUUUGUAUCGGCCCAUAUAAAAGAAGACAAGCCACAAGGUCGUUGGAAGGUCACCGAAGAAAAGUUCACAUCCCUGUGUUACGCUGGUUGUCUACCAGGGUUCACCAUGUCCUACAACCAUCAUGGACUAGUGUUCUCAGUCAACAUUAUCAGUGCCAGGACUUUGGUUGCUGGCAAAACACCGAGGAGUAUCCUGACCAGAGCACUGUUGGGUGCUGAAAAUAUGCUGCAAGCACAGCAGAUUCUGCGCGAUACAGGCUGCGGAGCGGGAGACGCUUUCAGCAUCAACAUGACUUUCUUGAAACAAGAUGGCGACAGACUUUUCCACAACGCUGAAGUUGCGCCAGCCGUCAACUCAAAUGAGUCACCAUUGAGUAUUCUCACUGCAUCACCAGGGGAAUUCAUAUUCCACUGUAACAGGUUUUUAAGACUGAAGAUUCCUGAAGUUGGAGGGAUGAUAGUGUCGAGCAGUGACGCGAGAGAGAGAGCGAUGCAGUGCAUUUGCAAUAAAGGUCCGAGUAACCUCAACGAUGUGGUCAAGGUGCUUGGAGACCAGUCAGCCACUGAGGAGUUCACAAUCUUCAGAGAGAGUGGCGACGACGACUUUGUCAAAACUGUAGCCGUCGGUAUCUUCGAUUGUGUGGCCAGAACAUGGAGUAUAUAUGCAGAUAAUCCAAAGACCAGUGAUCCCAUUGUUCAACUUCACAUACAAAUUAAAAAGUAAACGGUUCAAUAAACAAAAUUUUAUUUCAUCGUGAAAAGUUGGAUCCACCUCCUAAUAACAUCUCACAUGUUUUUAUGUGCAUAGAAUGUAUAAUAAUUUUAAAAUAAUAUAAUAAUAUAACUCAAGCGCAGGCCUCUAAGGGAAUAUUAUACUAGCCUAUUUGUUGUUCAUAUACGAUAUGACAAUAAUUUACAGUUAUUCAUCUGUUACAUUAACAAAUCUCGGACUCAAUCAAAAUACAGUUGAAAUUUCUAUUCACAUAGAGCAUAAUAUAACAGCCUUGUUCUACUCGGUUAACCUUGUCAGCAUUUUAUUUCGGCAAUGUAGAUUACGGUAGACUAUGUUUUUAAUUUUUAUUUUUGUAGCUUUAUAAUUUUUAUUCCAAUAAUUGAAUGAAAUAUAGAUUUUAAAUCAGACAAGUAAUAUGCUAUUUAUUGAAUAUAACUAUUCUUUGUUAUUAAGUACCAUAAUAAUUAUAUUUUUCCAUUGAAUGGGAUAUAUUCUCAUUAUAUAAAGAUUAUAUGUAAAAAGGUCCUGAUUUGGUAAUUGUUGAAAAAAGUAAUUGGUGUUUUAUACAGUGUGCAAUCAAUUGGAUAGUUGAUGUGAUAUUAGAUAGUAGGUCUUUAUUGAAGACUUUAGUUUUAAAAAACUUAUUCCAAACUAGCAAAUAUAAAACUUUUAACAAUCAUCACAGCUUAUACAAUCUAGGCUAGGCAUGUAUUAUUGUUCCACCUGUUGAAUGUACUUAUGGAAAAUAAAGUGUUCCAAAGAUUACA